AUGCAGUCUUUGCUCUGCAUAGCAGCUGAAGAUGAAGCAUUUUUGGCUUUUGAUCGAGAGAUGGAUGCUUUCUCAAUUCUUAUCGAAAGAAGGGUGUUUUUGGCCGAUCUGGUGUCCAGAAGUGGAAUACUCCGGCGGGGAUACCACUGGCUGGAAGAAGCAUACGUGAGUGGCAGACUGAACUGGAUGCUAUUGCCGAAGAAGUCAAAGCGGAGCUAA